AUGAAGGUGAUGAUACUGAAGAAUUCAGCGCUGAUUGGUGAUAACGAGAUUACCACCAUUCAGUCUGACGAUGGUAGUGAUACAUUUUACUUCGCAGGGAAGGAACUGGCAACCGCACUUGGAUAUGUUAGAACACGCGAUGUCGUUACUAGACACACGAAAGAAUGGAUGAGGACCACACUUAGAAAUAUAAGGGGGCCGGGAAACACGGCCCCCUUUGUUAACAUACCCGGUGGUGUACAACCCAACAGGGUUUUUGUUACCGAACCCGGUCUAUACAGUCUUGUAUUUGGUUCAAGACUACCUACCGCCGAGGAUUUCCAACGGUGGGUAUUCGAAGACGUUCUUCCGUCUAUUCGGAAAACGGGAACGUAUACAUUACCGGGAGUUAUGAAUAUGAUAAAGGGUAUUGAUGAUAUGGAAUUACAACAACUCAGAAUAGACGAUCGGACGGAAGCCCGGGGUGAAUUAGUCCGCAAGGGGGAACUCGUUAAGAAUCAACGAAAAGUUAAGGCUGGGAGGAAAGGUGGAUUGAUUGCACAAGAAAAUAUUAGACAAUCUAAAACGAAGAGUUUGACAACCUCGAAAUAG